AUGGAUGGGGCUUCGAUUACUGCUGCCGCGCUAAAAUCUCAGGGCGUUGACUACAUGUUUGGAGUUGUGGGAUUCCCGAUUAUCGAAGUUGGAAUGGCAGCCCAAGCACACGGAAUAAAAUUUAUCGCCUGCCGAAAUGAGCAAUCCGCGGCAUAUGCCGCGCAGGCAAUGGGCUAUCUCACUGGAAGACCAGUGGCUCUUCUAGUCGUUUCUGGCCCGGGAAGUCUUCAUGCUAUCGGUGGUCUUGCCAACGCCACCGUCAAUUGCUGGCCAGUCAUUUGCAUUGGUGGAACUGCAGAUCUUGCUCUUGAGACUCGCGGAGCAUUCCAAGAAUGGGUUCAGCAGGAAUCGAUUCGAAGCUCCUGCAAACAUGUGAGUAGGCCAACAAGUCUGAACACGAUUCCUGCACAUAUUGAGAAGGCGGUUCGUCGUGCUAUGUACGGCCGUCCGGGCGCGGUUUACGUUGAUCUUCCAGGAAACCUAGUUCUCAAUUCGACUGAAGAAGAAGUUCAAUUUCCUCCGCAAGUUCCACUACCACCACCAGCUUCUGUUCCCUCACCAGCCCUCCUUCAAAACGCGAUCGACGUGUUGAAAUCGGCUGAAAAGCCGCUAGUAAUAAUUGGAAAAGGAUCAGCUUGGUCAACAACCGGCGUGAAAGGUGUACAAGAAUUCAUCGAGAAGUCGAAAUUUCCAUGGCUGGCGACUCCAGGAGGCAAAGGUGUCUGCUCUGAUCUUCAUCCACGAUUUAUUGGUCAAGCGCGUUCACUGGCACUCCGUGAAGCCGACACUAUCUUUCUGAUUGGAGCGCGUUUGAACUGGAUUCUCCACUUUGGACUUCCACCGAGAUUCCGAAAAGACGUGAAAGUGGUUCAAAUUGAUAUUUGUCCGGAGGAGUUCCAUCAAAACGUGAAAACCGAAGUGCCGCUGCUCGGAGACAUCGGAGAAACACUAUCCAUGUUAACACCGAAACUUGGCAAUUGGGAAUACAAUGAAAAUAGUGAAUGGUUCAACAAAUUAAGAGGAAACGCGGAGAAGAAUAGGAACGUGGUUGAGAAGUUGGCUGAAGAUCAUUCAACUCCUUUGAACUACUAUGCCGCCUAUCACCCGAUUCGCGAAUUCCUCGCCAAUAAUGAUGUGAUCGUGGUGAACGAGGGCGCCAAUACGAUGGAUAUCGGACGGACUAUGAUGCCUUCACGGUUGCCGAAGCGUCGUCUCGAUGCCGGAACAUUUGGAACAAUGGGUGUCGGAAUGGGAUAUGCACUUGCUGCUGCGCAAUGGGCACGCGAUCAUUCACCAACCACCAAGGUUCUUGUUGUUCAAGGUGACAGUGCCUUCGGAUUCUCGGCCAUGGAGCUGGAAACGAUUGCCCGCUACAAGUUGCCAGUUGUCACCGUGAUCAUUAACAAUAGCGGAAUUUAUCGCGGAUUAGUACCCGAAGAGGAUAAAGCGAUCAACGGUGACAGAACUCUUGACCUCUCGGUACUCUCCCUCACUGCUGAAUGUAGAUAUGAGAAAAUGUGCGAAGCGUUUGGAGGCCAGGGAUACUUUGUAAGAAGCGUUCCAGAAAUCAAGAAAGCCCUUGAGCAAGCUUUUCAAAAAACCGACGGCCCAUCUGUGAUCAAUGUGAUGAUUUCAACGGAUUCGGAGAGAAAAGAGCAAAAGGAUCAUUGGUUGACAAGAUCGAAACACUAA